UGGAGAAGGAAGGAAAACCGUACCCCUUUUGUUAUGAGAUAUUUUCCUGUUUCAGCUCUUUAUUGAGGCUGUUAUUUACAAACUGGGAGACUUUGAACCCCGUCUCCUCGCUGUCGGUCUAAAAGGAACUGUUUUAAUGAAAGAUCGCAUACACUUGAUCGUGAAAGAGAGGUUGGGAUACAUGUAGGCGUGGAAACAGCCCCUUGAUUUUUGGUCAAACAUCGGGAAAGGGGCCUUUAGUUGAUAGCUGUCAACGCUCUUAGGCUCACAAACAUGAGUGAACACGCCAUAGUAACUGCGCGGGCCUCAGUGAUGGUGUAUGACGAUGGGAACAGGAAGUGGGUGCCAAGUGGGAAUUCCCAAGGGCUGUCCAAAGUUCAAAUAUACCACAACAGUGCCAACAAUACCUUCAGAGUUGUGGGUCGUAAGCUACAGGACCACGAGGUGGUGAUAAACUGUGCUAUUCUCAAAAGCCUCAAGUACAACCAAGCCACCCCAACAUUUCAUCAGUGGCGAGAUAGUCGCCAGGUUUACGGCUUGAACUUUACUAGCAAGGAGGAUGCCGACAGUUUUGCUCAAGCUAUGAUCACAGCUUUAGACUCCCUAAACAGUAUUUACAGAACACCUGCCCCAGUUGGGCAGGCUCCUCCACCCCCAGGACACCCUUACCAAAACGGACCCCACGACCAAGGUGAUAUAGUAACACAAAGAGAAGACUACCAGACACACCAGAGAAAAGCCUCUCAAGGUUACAAAGACAUAGGCAGUAUUCAGCAGACGCAGGGCUGGGAGGCAGACCGAGGCCCCCAGACACCUCAAGCCCCUCCUGCCCCUCAAGCUCCUCCUGCCCCUCCAGCUCCUGCUACCCCUGCUGCCCCAGCACCUCCCCCGGCACCUCCUGCCCCACCAGCCCCUGUGCUGUCAGCUGGUGGCCCUCCCAAAGCCCCAGUGGGAGGUGCUCCAGCUCCACCCCCUCCUCCCCCAAUCCCAUCUGGGCCUGCUGCCCCCAGUCAACAGUCUGACCCUGCCCCUGUACAGUCAGGACUGGCAGCAGCAUUACAAGGGGCCAAGCUCAAGAAAACAACCAGGCCGGACAAAGAUGAGGAAGGACCGUCAGCCGACUCAGCUGGAGGGGCAGGUAACUCUGGCACACUUGGCAGAGCGUUUCUGGGAGGUCGAGAUGACAUAAUGAGUGAAAUGCAGAAGAAGUUAGCUCAAAGGAGAGCCAAAACAGAGAAUGUGGACACAGAACCUGGGAGCGCAGCCCCACCCACUGAGGUGAAAAGACCGUGGGAGAAGGCAUCGGGCUCCCCUGGGCAGACCAAUGGCAAUGGGAACAAAUACAACGGUUCAGAGUCGCCCAAAGUUGGGAGGAGGUACAUUGACACCCAAAGAAAGGCUUCACUGACUGGACAGGAUGCCUCAGCUCUCAGUAACGGAGCCCAGGGGGACCUGGACGCCUUCAAACAGGAAAUAAUCAGCGAAAUAAGACGAGAAAUUCAGAGAGCAAAACUAGAUAUUAUUGAAGCAAUCCGACAAGAACUAGGUUUGAGGUAAUCUAGCUUUAUUAAUUUUUUUUUUCUUUUUUUUUUUUU